AGCUCAGUUCUCUCUCCACGUUCCACACUGCGGUCUAGCUCUCCUGCCAGAGCCAGCCCCGCGACCUCCGCGCGCCCACGUGCGCCCCGCAUUCCCCGCACGCGCCGCCCCGCUGUCCCCACGCGAGCGCGCUCUCGAGGACGGACGCACGUUCGUUCCUCUCGCGCCCGCGUCUCGGCAGCUGCGGCGGCGGGCGGAACGCGCGGGGUAGCACCGUAGCGGCUGCGGUGUGUUGGCUGGCCGGCCGGCCAUGGAGGCGGAUGGGGCCGGCGAGCAGAUGAGACCGCUACUCACCAGGCUGCAAUGUCCAAACUGAUGGAUUAUCCUAGAGAUGCGGAGUCUUAUGGCUCAGGGCCCUGAAGAAGAAGCUGUUGUGGAUCUUGGCAAAACCAGCUCAACUGUGAAUACCAAGUUUGAAAAAGAAGAACUAGAAAGUCAUCGAGCUGUAUAUAUUGGUGUUCAUGUUCCAUUUAGUAAAGAGAGUCGUCGGCGUCAUAGGCAUCGUGGACACAAACAUCACCACCGGAGAAGAAAAGAUAAAGAAUCAGAUAAAGAAGAUGGACAGGAAUCUCCUUCAUAUGAUACGCCAUCUCAGAGAGUUCAGUUUAUCCUUGGUACUGAAGAUGAUGAUGAAGAACAUAUUCCCCAUGAUCUCUUCACGGAAAUGGAUGAACUAUGUUAUAGAGAUGGAGAAGAAUAUGAAUGGAAAGAAACUGCCAGAUGGCUAAAAUUUGAAGAAGAUGUUGAGGAUGGUGGUGACCGAUGGAGUAAACCUUAUGUGGCAACUCUGUCUCUGCACAGUCUUUUUGAACUGAGAAGUUGCAUCCUAAAUGGAACAGUCAUGCUGGAUAUGAGGGCAGGCACUCUGGAUGAAAUAGCAGAUAUGGUAUUGGACAACAUGAUAGCCUCUGGCCAGUUAAAUGAGUCCAUAAGAGAGAAUGUCAGAGAAGCACUUCUGAAGAGACAUCAUCAUCAAAAUGAGAAAAGAUUCACGAGUCGGAUUCCCCUUGUUCGAUCUUUUGCAGAUAUAGGCAAGAAGCAUUCUGACCCUCACUUGCUUGAAAGGAAUGGGGAAGGCCUUUCAGCCUCCCGCCAUUCUUUGCGAACAGGUCUGUCUGCCUCAAACCUUUCAUUGAGAGGAGAAUCGCCUUUAUCUCUUCUCAGUCAUCUUCUUCCUUCUUCAAGAGCUGGAACCCCUGCAGGCUCAAGGUGUACAACCCCAGUACCCACCCCUCAAAACAGUCCUCCUUCCAGCCCUAGCAUCAGUCGCCUGACCUCCAGAAGUUCCCAGCAGAGUCAGCUUCAGGCCCCAGAACUGCUGGUUUCACCUGCCAGUGAUGAUAUUCCCACAGUAGUAAUUCAUCCGCCUGAGGAAGACUUAGAAGCUCUGAAAGGCCAGGAGCAGAAGAAUGAGGAAUAUGUUGACAUAACUCCAGGUGUUUUGGCCUCUCCACAGUCUGCACCUGGAAAUUUGGACACCAGUAAAAGUGUAGAAAUUAAAGGUAACGGAACUGGAGGAAGCAGAGAAAAUAGUACUGUUGACUUCAGCAAGGUUGACAUGAAUUUCAUGAGAAAAAUUCCUACGGGAGCUGAGGCAUCCAAUGUUCUGGUGGGAGAAGUAGACUUUUUGGAAAGACCUAUAAUUGCAUUUGUGAGAUUGGCGCCUGCUGUUCUCCUCUCAGGGUUGACUGAAGUCCCUGUUCCUACAAGAUUUUUGUUUCUAUUACUGGGUCCAGCUGGCAAAGCACCACAGUACCAUGAAAUUGGAAGAUCAAUAGCCACUCUCAUGACAGAUGAGAUUUUUCAUGAUGUAGCUUAUAAAGCAAAAGACAGAAAUGACCUCUUAUCUGGAAUUGAUGAAUUUUUAGAUCAAGUAACUGUCCUGCCUCCAGGAGAGUGGGAUCCUUCCAUACGCAUAGAGCCACCAAAAAGUGUUCCUUCUCAGGAAAAGAGAAAGAUACCUGUAUUUCCCAAUGGAUCUGCCCCCACCUCGGGUGAGACUCCCAGUGAGGCAGCUCAUCAUGCUGGGCCUGAGCUACAGAGGACUGGACGGCUUUUUGGUGGUUUGAUACUUGACAUCAAAAGGAAAGCACCUUUUUUCUUGAGUGACUUCAAGGAUGCAUUAAGCCUGCAGUGCCUGGCCUCGAUUCUUUUCCUAUACUGUGCCUGUAUGUCUCCUGUAAUCACUUUUGGAGGGCUGCUUGGAGAAGCUACAGAAGGCAGAAUAAGUGCAAUAGAGUCUCUUUUUGGAGCAUCAUUAACUGGGAUUGCCUAUUCGUUGUUUGCUGGGCAACCUCUAACAAUAUUGGGGAGCACUGGUCCAGUUCUUGUGUUUGAAAAAAUUUUAUUUAAAUUCUGUAGAGAUUAUCACCUUUCCUAUCUGUCUUUACGAACCAGUAUUGGUCUGUGGACUUCUUUCAUGUGCAUUGUUUUAGUUGCAACAGAUGCAAGCAGCCUUGUGUGUUAUAUUACUCGAUUUACAGAGGAGGCUUUUGCAGCUCUCAUUUGCAUUAUAUUCAUCUACGAGGCUUUGGAGAAGCUCUUUCAUUUAGGAGAAAUAUAUGCAUUUAAUAUGCACAAUGACCUAGAUAAACUGACCUCCUACUCAUGUGUAUGUAUUGAACCUCCUAACCCUAGCAAUGAAACUCUAAAGCUGUGGAAGGAAAAGAAUAUAACAGCGCAUGAUAUUUCCUGGGGAAAUCUUACUAUUUCUGAAUGUAAAACCUUUCAUGGUGUAUUUGUAGGAUCAGCUUGUAGUCUUCAUGGACCUUAUAUUCCAGAUGUGCUUUUUUGGUGUGUCAUUUUAUUUUUCACAACAUUUUUUCUAUCUUCAUUCCUCAAGCAAUUUAAGACCAAGCGUUAUUUUCCUACCAAGGUGCGAUCGACAAUCAGUGACUUUGCUGUAUUUCUUACAAUAGUAAUAAUGGUUGCAGUUGACUACCUUGUAGGAGUUCCAUCUCCUAAACUUCAUGUUCCUGAAAAGUUUGAGCCUACUUAUGCAAAUAGGGGCUGGAUAAUAAGCCCAUUGGGAGAAAAUCCUUGGUGGACCUUAUUAAUAGCUGCUCUUCCAGCUCUGCUGUGUACCAUUCUCAUCUUUAUGGAUCAACAAAUUACAGCUGUAAUCAUAAACAGAAAGGAGCACAAAUUGAAGAAAGGAGCUGGCUAUCACCUUGAUUUGCUCAUGGUUGGUGUGAUGUUGGGAGUUUGCUCCGUCAUGGGACUUCCAUGGUUUGUGGCUGCAACAGUGUUGUCAAUAAGUCACGUCAACAGCUUAAAAGUUGAAUCUGAAUGUUCUGCUCCAGGGGAACAACCCAAGUUUUUGGGAAUUCGUGAACAGCGGGUUACAGGGCUAAUGAUUUUUAUUCUAAUGGGCCUUUCUGUGUUCAUGACUUCAGUGCUGAAGUUUAUUCCAAUGCCUGUUCUAUAUGGUGUUUUCCUUUAUAUGGGAGUUUCCUCAUUAAAAGGAAUUCAGUUUUUUGACCGUAUAAAAUUAUUUGGAAUGCCUGCUAAGCAUCAGCCUGAUCUGAUAUACCUCCGUUAUGUGCCUCUCUGGAAGGUCCAUAUUUUCACAGUCAUUCAGCUCACUUGUCUGGUUCUUUUGUGGGUGAUAAAAGCUUCAGCUGCUGCUGUUGUUUUUCCCAUGAUGGUACUUGCAUUAGUCUUUGUUCGCAAGCUAAUGGACCUGUGUUUCACAAAGAGAGAACUUAGUUGGCUUGAUGAUCUCAUGCCAGAAAGUAAAAAAAAGAAAGAAGAUGACAAAAAGAAAAAAGAGAAAGAGGAAGCUGAACGAAUGCUUCAAGCUGAUGAUGAUACUGUGCACCUUCCAUUUGAAGGGGGAAGUCUCUUGCAAAUUCCAGUUAAGGCCCUAAAAUAUAGUGUUGAUCCCUCAAUUGUUAACAUAUCAGAUGAAAUGGCCAAAACUGCACAAUGGAAGGCACUUUCCAUGAAUACUGAGAAUGCAAAAGUAACCAGAUCUAACAUGAGCCCUGAAAGACCUGUGAGUGUGAAAAUCAAUUUUGAAGAUGAACCAACAAAGAAAUACAUGGAUGCUGAAACUUCAUUAUAAAAUUGAAGCAAGAGGAAUUAUAUAUAUAUAUAUUUAUAUAUAUAUAUAUGUAUAUCAUGUGUGUAUGUGUCAUGUCACUGUAUAUAACAAUAGUGUAUACCAUGCUUACUAUGCGUAACUGGGUUUUUUGAAGUCAUGUCUUUAAGAGCACCAUGGAGACUGUAUAUAAUGAAAUGGUCUUGUAGAAGUGAGGUACAUGGUUCUUAAUAUUCAAAUAUUUAUUUUGUUGGAAUUUUUUUUCUGUUCUGCAAUAGAAAAUACAGGGAAAUCCAUUCAAACUAUUUUUCUUUAAAUCUGUUUCUUCAGUGGCAAUUCACAUCAACUUUAAGUGAUAUGUACUUUGUCUAUAUAGGUAUAAUUUUUUGUUCGCAUUUUUAACGAGUUUCUGAAAAUUUUCACAUAUUAUUUCACUUCUGUUAUUAGUUCUUGAUGGGAAAAACAGGUGUUUUUAUGCCAGUGUUUGGGACAAAUGGUAACAUGACAAAGCUUCCGUCUCGUGUGUUUCAGAUAUAUAGAUGUCCCUCAUGUUUCACAAAUGAUGGAAUUUUUUGGCCAUAGAGCUGAAUAUAGAACAGUAGAUACUUUAUAGAUAAGAACUGUAAUUUUGAUCUUUGCGUUUUUAAACUUUUUAAAGAAAAAUUAAAAACCUUCCAUGUUGGUUUCAUUCUGACAGGUCAGAUUUUAUAAUUUAACCCUCAUACCACUCAUAAGUAUAAAUUUUAGAAGCAAUUAAACUGCAGUUUCUAAUAGUUAAAUUUUGUUGCCCCCAUAGAAAUUUUUUCUGAGUCCUUUAUUAGAGCCCAGAAUACCCACUUUGUCCUCUACCUUUGCUGUCUUUUCUUAAAUUGGUUUAGUUUGUAUUAGGUUCCAGUUCUUGAUUAUUUUUCUAUUAUAAAUAGUAUGAUUAAAUAAUCAGGAGUCAGAAUUCUCUCAAAUGGGUUUAUGAUCAGUAUUACUUGUGCUAUUAAGAAUUACCUUCCAUUUUCUGUUUAUGUUGUUAUUCUUUCUAUUGUACAGGAUAUAUUUAAUAGGUUGUUUUCUGUGAUUUCAUUUUUAAAUACUUUAUUUUAAUUGAUAUGAUGCUUAUAUAUUAUAUAAACAUUUGAAAAGGUAAAUGUAAAGUAAAUUGCUGAUGUAAAUAGUUGGUGCUCACUUGCAUUUAUGAUUUAUUAUCUGAAAGCAGUUGACUGAUUUUACAUCUUUGAUAUAAAGUACUGCCAUAUUUGUAUUUUAAAGGGAAAUUAGACAUUUUAUGUAUAGCUCGAAUGGCAUUCUUACUUUGUGUUUAUUUUCUUACUUAGUUUUGGCUUUUCUGAGCUGUCUUUUUAACUUCUAGGAAAUCUUUUUAGUCAUCUUUUAUAUAUUCUUAGCUCCACAUGGAAUAAAUAAAUGUUAUUAUUGUUAAGCCUGUAGGACUGGAUGAAUGCGGUUGUGAAACUGUUUGGGCAAGAGAAUAAUUUACAGAAACCAAAUGAGUUUUGAGAAGCUACAGAAUAAAUGGUGAUGUGAUUAUUAGGAUAAAAUUUUAAUGAAUUUCCAUUACUCCCUUUAAUCAUUUAUAAUUAAAAGUACAAAAGUGUGAAGAAUUGACCCUUAUUCAGGUUCAUGAGGAAUGCCGAAAGUUGAUACUUUAGCAGUUCUGAAGUGUUUUUAAUUCAUUCUAAACUACUUACCAAUUAAUUUAAUUUCCCCACCUGAGGUCAUAUUGUCAGAUUCUAGAUAAAAUACCAGAUUCAACUUCUGCCUCAGAUGAGAGGUUAGAAAUGUAGCUGCUUUUGUUAGAAAAUAUAGCUGUUAUUUGGUACUCCCUGAAAAAAAAGUUACUUUGUUGGCAUUUGAUUUAGUGUAUUGCCCCUGGUGCUUGUUUUUGUUUGUGAGCGUCCACUGAAGUGAUUCUUUUUUAUUCAUAGCAGCAUAAUCAUUUCCAAAGACCCUGUUUGCUGCUGUUUUUAAAACUCUCCUGAGGUACCUGAGCAAGAGGAUUUCCUCACAUCAUUUCCCUAUGUGUGAACAUCAAAAGGUUAACAAAUGUACUUGUUUCAUAGGAAGUAAUUUUAAAUUUUAAACUGAAAACUACCUGAAACAAUAGUGUUUCUGUGAUUUAUUUAAUUAUGUAUAGUAAUUAUCCAGUGCCAGAAAAAUGAAGACUUGCAAAGUACUUUGCACUCAAAAUGUUUUUACUUUGUUUCUAAUUGUUAAUGGUUUCUGCUUUCUUUUGACUACUUGACUUACAAUAUGAUCUGAUAUGACUACUCCAUUGAAGAGGAAAGGUAACUCAAGUAAUUAACUGCUUGAUUUAUGUGGUUAUGAUAUUUCUUCCAUUAUUUUUGAAAAAUAAUCAUGGGUAGCAUCCAUUUCAAGACAGUGAAGGAUGUAAUUUAGUACUUACGUUGAUUUUUAAAUAUUGCCUUAAAUAGGUGUAAAUGAGCAGUAGUAAUUGCUAUGUACUGAUUUACCUCAAGUUGCAAAAUAAUUAAACCUGUACAUACUCCAUUUACAAAAUAAAUUCAAAUAAACAGCCCUGCACUUUCUUAAAUGCCUUGGUUUCCAGGGAUGGAGCUUUGUGCUACUGAAUACCCUGGCCACAGAGCCACCUCAGGAUAUUCUCCUCUCCACCCUAUAUUAUUUAUUUGUAGAUGUCUGUUUACAUAGACAAUAAUGAAUUCUGAUGUUGACCACCUGAAUUUUUUUUCUUCUGAAUACUGUUUCAUUCUAAAAUAGCAGCUUUUGAAAAAGCAAUGAAUUAACUUCCUUAUGAUAAAAGUAUAAUUCUCUAUAUUCUUUUAUAAUAAUAUUAGAUGAGCUGAAGUAAAGCACAGUCUUUCGGGAGCAUUUGUGUGUCUGUGUACAUGUGUGUUUGUUUGUGUGAGUGAUAUUACUGUUCUUAUAACUAAGUUUUUUAGAAAAGCUGCGGCAUACUAAUGUUCAUAUUUGCCAAGUCUUCUGUAAAACAUAGGACAGAUUUUUUUAUGUGCUAAUGUAUCUAUUUAUAAAGCAGAUUUCUUUACCACUCAAAAUUAUUAAUUUCAUUUUCUGUAUUGAAAAAACAUUUCUGUUUUUUCCAUAUAUUCAAAGCUUGUAUGUGUAUAUAAUAGCUUUCUUACAUUUUCCUUUCACAAAGGCAGGUUCAGAAUUAUGUUUAAAAAAAAAAGUUUCUGAAACUGAGAUGUAUCACCAGAGCUUGCCAUUUGAGGGAUUAGAUCAUGUGCAUCAAUUCUGUGAAAGUGUUCAACAGCUUAACAGGUGAAUCUGUUUUAAAGUGCACAGAUUUUGGAUGUGUAAGCCAUCAGUAUAACAUUGUAAUUCACAAAUGUUUAUAUUAAAUAACUUAAUGAUUUAAAUUUAUUAUGUAGAUCACAUCAUUGUUAUGCAGUACAAAUAUGUGAAAUGUCUUUUGGUUUGUCUAAUCGUUAUUUAUUUUUUAGAAAGAAAAUUUAAAAGUUUGAAAUUGUGUUCAGAAUGCAAAAUUUGGCAGUUUUAAAGUGAAGUCUGUUUUCUAAUUUUCCAAAAAGCAAAUGUGUCGGUUAUAGGAAAAUAUGUAUGUGGAAAUGGAAUCAUCUAAAUAUUAUUUUAAAAAUUAAAUGUAAUUAGCACAUACUGACUUCUACAGUUGACUUAGAGUAAUUAUUAACCCCCCCCUUUUUAAAUCAGAUGUAUUUAUCAUUGAUAAAACUUUUUGUGUUAUGACUUUUUGUUUAUUGCAUCAUUUUUCAAGGCUUUUUAUUUUCUUUUUGGGGAUGGGAGAUUUGUUGUCCAGUGUUUACUGUGUGUUUGAGCAGUACAGUUACAGUUUUUAUGACUUUUAUAAUUACAAUGGUAAUAUUUUCUUUUGUAAUAAAAUCCAAAUUACGUUAACUGUUUUAAAGGUAGACCUGGCAUUUUGCAUUUUAUGAAGUAUAAGUCACUAACAAGUGUAUAAUGUGAAAUAUCCUGCCUUUCAAAUUCAUUUCAUAACUGUUAGAAAGAAACUAUUUUUCGGAAAUGUUGAAAGAGCAAUAAAAGUCUACUGAAUUA